UCACCUGUAUGAGCAUCCUGAGCUCGACGCCUCGCGAGGAGGAGGAGGGUUGUGAACAGUUUGCUGCAGCGGACUCUCGCGGAGCUGCGGACACCGAAGGAGGCUGGAAAGUUUCCCCCGCGCGCCUCUAACCUCGGCGCGUGUUUCAGGGUGAGUUCGCUCUUUUAUAAUAUAUUUUAUUUAUUUUUUGUUUAUUUUUUUUUUCGUGAAGCUUCGGGCGCGCGGCGCUAAGUGGAGGUACCUUGUUGAAUCUCUGCGCGGCAACGGCGCGCGGAGAUUCAACCCCGCGUGAACCUGCGCCGCUUUUGUCCACGCGCGAGCUCCCCUCAGGAGGGAUACAUCCUGCUGGAGGAGCAGCAACCUCCUGCGCAACCCCUCCAGCGGACGAAUCCCCCGGUUGACAUGAGGUCUGGAUUUCAGAGCAACUGAGCGGAGAAGCUUGAUCCAGCAAUCAUGAGUGACCGGGAGGGCCUUCCGGUCCCCCCGGGACAGGUCUACAUCGAGGUGGAGUACGACUACGAGUACAAGGCCAAAGACAAGAUGGUGACCAUCCGUCAGGGAGAAUGCUACAUGCUUGUGAAGAAGACCAACGAGGACUGGUGGCAGGUCAAGAGGGACGAAAGCGCUAAGGCGUUCUAUGUUCCGGCGCAGUACGUCAAGGAGGUGCGGCGGGCCCUCAUGCCCCCGCAGAAACCUGCCCUGAAAGCCAAACCCACGGUUCUGGAUAUCAGCCGGGAGCCCAACGAUAACCACAGCAGGCCGGAAAUGUCCAGUUUCGGUCGUCCGUCGCCAUCUUCUACGCCUUCGCCGUCUUCUGACCGCGUCACGCCACCGGCACUCCCCAAGGAUGCCAACCAGAACCUGGGAAGUCCGCAUCACUGCAAGCUGGUGGCAGAACUGGUCCUCCUUCACAACAACAACAAUCAUCACCAUGGAAACAGCUCCUCUCUGCCCAGGAACCGGGCGGAUUCUCCCCCACUGCGAGGGGGUAGCCUCGACAAGAGCGCCCCCAUGAGCGAGCUGCGGGGGGACGGUCCGAACAAGCUCCGUAACGACUCGGAGUCCGGGGACGAGCUGAGCAGCAGCUCGACGGAGCACAUGCAGACGACGUCCCCCACAGGUCAGAUCCGGCCUGACUCUCCGGUCUACACCAACCUUCAGGAGCUGAAGAUCUCUCAGUCCAGCCCUCCUCCCGUUCCCUCCGGCUCCCCGAUCCACAUCCUGGGUGACUGGGAGACCCACAAAGACCUCAGCGGCAGGCACUUCUACUACAACCGGGCCUCCGGCGAGAGGACCUGGAAGCCGCCGCGGACCAGAGACGCCAGCGGCAGCAUCAGCAGCAUCAGAGGAGACAGCCAGGGAACGGUGGAGAAUGAGCUGCUGUCCUCAGAGGAGAACUGCCACAGCACCCACUCCAGUCAGUCCGACAGCCAGUACGGGUCGCCCCCUAGAGGCUGGUCGGAGGAGCUGGACGAGCAUGGACACACGCUCUACGUGUCCGAGCACACGCAGGAGAAGUGGAUAAAGCAUGUGGAUGAGCAGGGACGGCCGUAUUACUACAGCGCCGAUGGAUCCAGGUCAGAGUGGGAGCUGCCAAAGUACAACGUCUCCCCUCAGUCCAGCGAGCUUCCCAAGAGCCGCAGUCUGGAGCGGAAGCAGCAGGACCCCAUCGUCCUAACCAAAUGGAGGCACAGCACCUACGUCCUCGACCUCAACGACAAGGAGUGCGCUCCGGUGCUGAAGCAGAGCUCCACAGACUCUGACUCCUGCCCGUCGUCUCCUAAACUCUCUCCGACCCCCUCGGAGAAGUGUGGAGUCCUCAACGUCACCAAAAUCACCGAGAACGGGAAAAAAGUCAGGAAGAACUGGACCUCCUCCUGGACCGUGCUGCAGGGCUCCUCCCUCCUCUUUGCCAAGGGUCAGGGAGGAGGGACCACCUGGAAGUUUGGCAGCAAUCAGUCGAAGCCGGAGUUCACCGUGGAUCUCCGCGGAGCAUCGGUGGAGUGGGCCUCCAAGGAGAAGUCCAGCAAGAAGCACGUGAUCGAGCUGAAGACCCGACAGGGCACGGAGCUGCUGAUCCAGUCUGAGAUCGACAGCGUCGCCAAUGACUGGUACCGGGCCCUCACGGAGGCCAUCAACACGCACGCUUGGGAGUCAGACGAGGCCAUCGAGGAAGACAUGCCAGAGUCUCCAGGAGCCGAGAAGCAGGACAAGGAGAAGGACCACCGGGACUCCAAGAAGAACAGAAUGAUGAAGACCUCUGUGAGCAUGGAUUCUUCAGACCAGAAGAAAACCAGGAUGAAGCUCAAGAAGUUCCUGACCAGACGGCCCACCUACCAGGCGGUCCGAGACAAAGGCUACAUCAAAGAUCAGGUGUUCGGCUGCAGUCUGACCAGUCUGUGCCAGCGGGAGAACACGACGGUUCCCAACUUCGUCAGGAUGUGCAUGGAGCACGUGGAGAACACGGGUCUCAGUGUGGACGGUCUGUACAGAGUCAGCGGGAACCUGGCCGUGAUACAGAAGCUGCGCUUUGCUGUUAACCACGAUGAGACGGUGGACCUGAACGACAGUAAGUGGGAGGACAUCCACGUCACCACCGGCGCUCUGAAGAUGUUCUUCAGGGAGCUUCCCGAGCCGCUCUUCACCUACGGCUCCUUCUACGACUUUGUGAACGCCAUCAAGUGCUCCGACUACAAGCAGAGAGUCAACGCCGUCAAAGACUUGAUCAAGAAGCUGCCAAAGCCCAACCACGACACGAUGCAGGCGCUCUUCAAACACCUGCGCAGGGUGGUUGAGCACGGAGAGGCCAACCGCAUGACCUCCCAGAGCGUGGCCAUCGUGUUCGGACCCACGCUGCUGCGGCCCGAGACGGAGACGGGCAACAUCGCCGUCCACAUGGUCUACCAGAACCAGAUAGUGGAGCUGAUCCUGCUGGAGUACGACAGCGUGUUCGGGAGGUAGAAGAGGAGCACUGGACUGAGCACUGGACGGAUUCUGGUGAAAGGCUAUUGGGUCCAGAAGAACCAGACUGGUUUUGGCACUUGAACCUCCUCCUUUUUUUAAUCAGUGUUUGCUCGUGACUUGAAGAGAAGGAGCCGCCGUGUUCACCACUGAUGGCUCCUCCCACAUGAACUGGUGAUGCUCCCCCUGGUGGGGGCGCUCUGAGUAUUUGUACAGAGGCACAAAGUAGAUCAUGGGGGUCAAACGGCAGGUACGGCCCUCGAGACCUGCCGUUUGCCCCCCCUGAAGUAGCUGUUCCUGUGGCUGAAGUGAGUGUGUGCUUUGACGGUGAAGAAGUGAGAUUUUGAUUUUUGUACAUUUGAAGACAAAGAAUGUGGGAGAAGAAAACCGACGGGCGUGUGUGUCGCUUUAGUUUGUUCUGGGUUCGUUUGCACAUUUUGAAUGUCAUUUUUGAAGCUAACUAAUGUUUGUGAAUCGUCUAAUAAAAAGACAAGCUGAAGCUGGC